AUGUUGAGAUUUUUUAGCUUUGGCAGAAGUUUGGCAGUUAAAAGAUAUUUUAGCAGUACAGUUGUGAAUUACAAGCAGGAAAAGUUGUUGUAUAAUCCAUAUCUUAGCUUGAAAAAGCGAAGCGUAGAAAAGGUUAAUAUGUUGAAAGUAGGUGAAAAUGGAUCCAAAGAAGCAGUGCCAGCCGUUCGCCAAAGAUCUUCAGCAGCAGCAACAGCAGCGGCAGCAACAACGGCAACAGCCAUUUCUGGAUCCACAUCCGAUGCAUCCACACGUGCAGAGGCUGCAGCAAGUAAGGAGAUGGAUGCUAAAGCCACUGUAAAAUCUCUAUUCAAGCCGAUCGUCUGGAUCGACUGUGAAAUGACAGGUCUAGAUCAUACCAGCGAUCAAAUUAUUGAGGUCUGUUGCAUAAUCACGGAUGGAAAUUUGGGCAUUGUGGACUCGCAGGGGUAUGAAAGCGUGGUGCACUACGAUAAGGCGGUAUUAGAUAGCAUGAACGAAUGGUGUAUCGAGCAACAUGGGAAUAGUGGACUUACGGCUAAGGUGCUAGAGUCGAAGAAAACUCGGGAACAAGUUGAGGAAGAGUUACUGGCAUACAUUAAGAAAUACAUUCCAGAACCUCGUAAAGGGAUUCUUGCAGGGAACAGCGUCCAUAUGGAUAGACUGUUUAUGUUGAAGGAUUUUCCCAAGGUGGUUGAGCACCUUUUCUACAGGUUGAUCGAUGUGUCAUCUAUAAUGGAGGUGUGUCGUAGACACAACCCGGCUCUUGAAAAGGUCAUGGACAGAAAACGGUGUGCGCAUACAGCGAAGAGCGAUAUUUUAGAAAGCAUCAAUCAACUGAGUUGGUAUCAGCAACACUAUCUAAAGUCCAGCGAGGAAACCAGGAACUUUGUCGCUUCCAAGGUGCAAGAGAAGAUGAAAUGCACAUCCUCUCCCUCCUCCUCCUCUUCCUCCUAUGCAACUGACGGAAAUAACGAAGAUCUCGUUAAAGAUGCGAAGCUACAAACUACUACUCAAUCUUCUUCGGUUGCCAACGAUCGUUCCGAACUCUGUGUGGCUGAUUGCCCAAUUAAGAAAAGAAGGCUUGAGGGAUCGACAUAA